AUGUCUAAGGAACUCUUCAAGGUAGUUUUUGUACUCGGACCUCCAGGUUCUGGAAAGGGUACUCAGUGCAAGAAGAUUCACGAGGACUUAGGUUUUGUCCAUUUGUCAGCUGGAGACUUGUUACGUGAAGAGAGACAACGAGAAGGCUCUGAAUUUGGUGCAUUAAUUGAACAACACAUCACGAAUGGUUCUAUCGUACCUGUGGAGAUCACGUGCAAACUUCUAGAGAAUGCCAUGAAUGCUAGUGGAGAUGCUCGAGGAUUCUUAGUCGACGGCUUCCCAAGAAACCAAGACAACCUGGAAGGAUGGGAGCGUCAAAUGCAAGGCAAGGUUGACGUCAAAUUCGUCUUGUUCUUAUCUUGCCCAGUUAAUACAUGUAUCGACCGUUGUCUCCACAGAGGGGAAGGUAGAACUGAUGAUAAUGAAGAAUCUCUUCGUAAGAGAGUGACUACCUACAACACACAAACUCUGCCAAUCAUUGAGCACUAUACUGGAUUAGGAUUAGUGAGACAGGUGCCAAGCACGGAAUCUCCUGAAAAAGUGUUCUUGGACGUGCAGAAACUCUUUGCUGAGGUCUGA